AUGGGGCUCUCAGGGAAAGUUGUGCACAAGCAAAUAUCUUCCCUCUCCAAUUCGGACCUGCCGAUCAAUUCACCCAGAGUACGGAGUCAAGAAAUCAUUGCUACAGUCAUCACAAAUGUUCUGGAGGUUAUCGAAAUCAUCAACCAACAAGAGAAGAAAAACUUCAAGCUUGGCGUGAUCUUUUUAGUUAUCGCUAUUGGAACAUGGAUUUCGGGACUUGAGUUGGUCAAUUCUGUGUUGAAAGGUGAUGAGUUCCAAAAACCUUGGUUUCUUGCAUUCUUGACCGGCUCAUGUUUCAUGUUGAACUUUGUUCCUGAAGUGUUAGGAUUUUUUGCUCAGUUGAUCUUCCGGAGACAGAAUCACUCCACUGAUCUUUCCCCCCAGCUUUCCUCGUCAGAUUUGAUGACUCAUCAUGAUCACAGCCAAGAAGUUGCUAUUGCUAAGAAUGAAGACGAUUUACACAAAGAAGGGCCGGUACCUCUUCGUAAAGGUGAAGUUUUAUUGCUUGCACUCUACAUUGCAACAAUCUAUUUUGCCUACAAUGUUUUCGUCAUGGCAGCUCUCCAGUACACAUCUGCGUCCAACCAAACAGUUUUGGGAUCGACCACUGCCAUCUUCACGUUGUUUCUUGGAGUAUAUUUGGGAAUUGACAAGUUUUCUGUCAAGAAAAUGGUGUGUGUUGUUUUCAGUUUGGUGGGUGUGGUAUUAAUUAGUGUUUCUGAAGGAACCCGAGAUGAAGAUGGCGGAAAAUUCAAACCGAAGAAUCCAUUGCUAGGCAAUUUUUUUGCCUUGAUUGGAGCUUUUUGCUAUGCGUUGUAUCUACUUGUCAUGAAAAUGAAAUGUGGUACUGGUGAAAAGACUACAGACGAGCGGAUCUUGUUUGGUUGGGUAGGCGUGUUCACCUUUAUUUUAGGUUGCCCUAUCUUGAUUAUCGUCAACGCUUUGGGCAUCGAGGAGUUCCUGCUUCCACCUAACAACCGCGUACUUAUCAUGGUUAGUGUAAAUGCUGUUUUCUCUGUGAUCUCAGAUUAUGUGACUAUUUUGGCUAUGCUUCUCACAAGUCCCUUGAUCACUUCGUUGGCCCUUACUUCGUCGAUUCCAAUCACCAUCUUGAUUGACUUUCUUGUUCUAUCCUUUAAUGAAGGUUCUUCGGGUGCUACUUCUAACCUCUCCACCUAUAUCUUUGGAGUGGGCUGCAUUUUGGUUUCAGUUAUUCUCAUAAAUCUUAACAUCACUACUGAGAAUGAGCUCAUUGAAGAGGUCAUAGACGAUGCUCUUGAAGAUGCAAUAAGGCAAGACGAAGUGUUAUCUCCCAUUUUGUCGCCAUAUGUUGGGUCUCCUCAUAUUCAUGAAGCUUCUCCUAGACAACACGCUUCCAUUGGCAUAAACCAUUUAUCGCCAAGUUUGAAAUUUUUUAGAAAGAGACAAGGUCAUGUUCUGUCUCCCUUGGUGCCAGCGCCAUUGCUGGAGGCGACUGGUUUAAAUUUGAACUCUGCUGGUACAGAUGAAUCCUCGCCUUUACAAAACGCCAACCAUCACAAAAAUCUUUAUACGAUAGAUUCUUCUUUAGAAGGCGAGUCAACGGCAACGAAUCUUGUUGUCUAUGGUGGAGUGAAUCAUUCGUUUCAUGUUAAAAUGGUUCAAGACAAUGAGAAUGAAAGUAGCUAA